GUUUGGGGGAUUUUUUUUCUUUCCGACGACGCGGGUUUUGUGGGUUUUUCGAAUAAUUUUGCCGUACUGGGUUUUGGCUACGUGCGGCUUUAUUGACUGGCGUGGUGGGGGACUGGUAGCGGAUUAUUCGUCCAUCAUGGCCGAAGAGAAAAAGUAGUCCCUCGACCGUCGUCGGAUUAUUCGUGAUAGUUUGACAUCGGAGUGGGAAACGCGUUUUCCUUUUUCCCCGUGUGGCUUUGCUCGGUCGGAAAAGUCCGUCUCGAGGUUUUUCCGCCGUUGAAAAAGUAACCGGAGACUUUUUGUUAUUGUGGCGGAGGAACAUAAUAACCUUUCUGUCCUAACCUCCUUUCGCGCUAUCCGAUCCCCCCGUCCUCUCGUACUGAUAUAGAAAAUGCGAAAUAACGUUGUGUGCCGUUUUGAAAUGUGUGGUUUUUCGUUAAUCGCGACUGACGAACCGGGCCGCGUCGACGGCGGAAUGGCGUGUGUGUUCAAGUGAUGGGAAUAAAAUGUUUUCGAGUGAAGUGGAAUCCGAACGUAUUGGGUAUUGGGUAAGUUGAAAGGAUCUAGAUGUGGCGGGGUGUUGGCAGCUCGGCCUAACAUGGCUGCGACGCGAGCUGAAACCCAGCAAAAUGACGUGAAUAGCAAACAAGAGCAAGGAAAUAACGCUUUCCACAAUGGUACGGAUAACGCCGACGAUUGUCGGAAUCUGUUAAAUACGGAUGUUAAAGGUAAAAAGCCUCACAGAAAUAAUAUUAAUAUAGAAAUGAGUCAAUUUCGUCAAGAGGGCCCCCCUCCGGUCAACAACAGCGAACAGAAUGCCAAUACGACCGAGGAGGGACCUAAUAUAAAUAAAAUAAACAAUUCGGACCAGGGAGAUGUUAAUAAUUACAAUAAAUCCGGCCCGAUGCCGGAUAAUCAGCAGCAGCAUCAUCAGCAGCAGGGCUACGGACUCUACCCUCAGCGGUACGUCCACCCUGACAAUCCGAUGCACCAGCAAGAGAUGCAUCACCAGAACUCUUAUUUCAACCCGAAUAUGAGACAGCCUUAUCCGGCUGCCAAGCCUGUCCCCAGGCCGGGUUUUCAACCACAGCAGAGGUUUGUGUCGAGCCAGUCUCCUCCGACAGGACCCACUCCUACCCUCAAUCAACUGCUACAGUCGAACAGUGUCCAUCGAUACCAGAACAACUAUGACUAUGGUAUGGCCAAAGCACAGGGUGAGCAACCACCACCUCAGGGCUACAAUCAAGGAUGGCCUCCUAGACCCAUGGGUCCUUAUCCGCAGCAGCAGCCCUACCGCAACCAACCGCCUCCAGCCGGACGAGGAUACAGCGGAUCACCGGGCGCGGGGGCGUACCCACCGCCCCCGGCGGCAUCACCCUCCCAGCAGUAUCCGCCACAGCCGUACAGGCAUCCCUAUCAGAUGGGCGGUUCCGGCGGAGGCAGCAACAACGGCAGCUUCGGCGGAGGCGGCGGGAACGAAAGGGGCGCCGGGGGCGGCGGUUCGUGGAGCCCCGGCCCCCAGGCGGCCCAGCAACAGCAACCGCUCCCCCCGAGCCAGGGGCCCCAGCAGCAAGCCCAGCCCCCAUCCCCUUCGCCCCAUCAUCAGCAGCAACAGCAGCAGCAGCAGCACCAGAACAUGGGAGGGCGGACGGCAGAGCAGUCACCGACGCCGAACGCGCACGCUCCAGAUCCAGGGGACCUGACAGGGCAGAACAGCAAUGACAGUUCGAGUGGGGGCCCGGCCCCCGGGACACCCAACUCCCAGGGGAUGAGGCCGACCCCUUCUCCGACGGGCUCAUCAGGAUCCAGGUCUAUGUCACCCGCCGUCGGCCAGCAGAAUAUUGCGAUGCCACCAAGGCCUUCAAGCGGUCAGUCCGACUCUGGGAACGGUCCCACUCGGAUGAGCCAUUCUCCAAUGGCCAACCAGGGCGGUUAUCCGGGAGGCGGGCCGCAUAUGCACAACUAUAAAAUGGCACCUCAUCAAAUGGCACCACAUGCGCCUCCUCCCCAGUCGCAGCAGAUACCACCUUAUUCGCCUCAGGCGCCCCUUCAGCAUCAAUAUCCCCAACAAGGUAAUUAUGGUGUACGAGGAGGCAGUAUGGGAUAUGGUAGUCCUGGGUAUCAGGGUCCACCGGGCGGGAUGCCCCCACAGUCACAGUAUCCGCCGCGAGGACCGAUCCCCAACCAUGUACAGUACCCUCCAUCUCCUUAUCAGCACAAAGUCGGCUACAGCGGCAACAUGCCUCCAAGCCCAGGCAGCUACAAUUCCCACAGCGGUGGUACAAUGGGCCCUCCGGCACCACACCACCCAGGGAUGCCACCACCUCCUCCUCCACACCAUGAUGGUCCAAUGCCGCCACCACCACCAGCCUCGACUCCAACACAUGAGGUGCACGAUUCAUCAGUCACAACAACAGUAGCCGGAUCUGGCAUGAGCAAUGUUACACCGAGUCCAGGUGGACCAGCUCCUGGCAGUGUAACAUCAAUAGUAACUACUGGUCCAGAUGGAGCCUCAUUAGACGAGGCAUCACAACAAUCGACAUUAUCAAACGCUUCAGCUGCAUCCGGUGAUGAUGGCAACUGCACUCCAGGCAAGAGUAGAAAAGAAGGCGGCGGGGGCAGUGGAGGCGGUAGCGGCAUGAUGGGCUACCACAGCCACCCCACUACUCCGCAGAGCACUGUGCCAUCCCCCGGUGCGGCAAGCCUUAACUCGAUGCACGAAGAGUACCCUCCUGACCACAGCCCGACUUGGCCGAGAACGCCAGCCAGUCCGGUGUUUAACAGUCAUGUCCCCCAAGAUCUGUACAGGCCGAAGAAGCAGCAUGAUAGUUUAGGUAAGCUGUAUGAAAUGGACGAGGCCCCCGAGCGCAGGCUGUGGCUUGACAAGCUCCUUCAAUUCAUGGAGGAGCGCGGUACGCCGAUCACCGUCUGUCCGACCAUCUCCAAGAACCCCCUUGACCUCUUUCGGCUCUACCUUUACGUCAAAGAGAGGGGGGGCUUCAUGGAGGUAUGCAAGGUGACCAAGAAUAAGAUCUGGAAAGACAUCGCCGGCCUGCUGGGCAUCGGGGCGUCAUCGAGCGCUGCGUACACGCUCAGGAAACACUACACUAAGAACCUACUGCCUUUUGAGUGCCACUACGACCGAGGCGGGAUCGACCCGCAGCCGAUUAUAAACCAGGUCGAGGCAUCGUCGAAGAAGAAGAGCACGAAAGCCGCCCCUGUUCCUUCACCAGGAUCGUCCAACUCUCAAGAUUCAUUUCCAGGACCGGGCAGUGUGAGCGGUGGGAUGGACGGCUACGGCUACGGUUACUCACAGGAUUACAACAACCAGCAAAGGCCUCCUUCGCAAACCAACCAAGGUGUAGGCGUUCCGAGUCAAGUACCUGGUGAUAACAUUAGCGUGUCCAACCCAUUUGACGACAAUGCUGCGUCGCCGAGACCCCCUAGGCCAGGUAUGCCCCCUAGUGGUGGUUACCAAGGGCAGCAAGGAAAUUACCAAUAUGGUGAGCAAUACAAUCAGCAAUAUCCAGGUGGUUCUUAUCCCCCAGGAAGGCCAAUGUAUCCCCCUUACGGUCCCGAGUCAGACAGGGUUUACAACCAAAGUAGUACAAACAAUAGUGGAGUGCCACCGCCGAGUGGAGGACCAGGAGGUGGUGCCGGUGGACCACCUGUGACUGGCGCGCCGCCAAGCGGAGAUUACAACAGAUACAUGCCCGGGACAGGGACACCGGGGCCGCCUAAUGCUGCUGGGCCUACUUAUCCCGGCAAUCGAGGAUAUCCUCCACCGAGUCAAGGGAGUGCCAGCCCGAGCGGUACGCCGCCAACGCAGCCACCUCCUGUCCCUGGGGUUCCACCGACGCAACAGCCGAACCAACAGAACCAACCUCCGACUCAGCAGCAGCCACAACAGCAGCCUCCUCCAGGUGCACCGCCCUAUCAGCCCCAGCAGGAAUACUACCGGCAGGACGGCGCCUACCCAGGCCCAGGUGGCUAUCCUCCGAAUGCACCGAAUAAAACUAUGCCACCUCCUGCACCUCAGCCGAGGCGGCAUCCUGAUUUUGUGAAGGAACCACAGCCGCCUUAUCCUCCGUACAACCAACGACCCAACAUGUAUCCUGCUGGUUGGUCAAAUAAUAACAACAGCGGCGCAUACAGAGGACAAUAUCCCCCUCCAAUAGGAGGAACCCCUGGACCUCAACAGUGGGGCCAAGGGCCUUCCAGGCCUGGCGCACCACCCAAUCAUCAGCCCAACAGUCCACAAUGGGCAGGACCACAACCGCCAUACCAACAGCCACCUCAGACUCAGCAAGGUUGGGGAAUGGCGACACCGGGAGUAGCUCAGAGCUCGCCUCUCAGGCCACCGAUGGUCGGGCCGAGGCCUCCGUUCAGACCAGACGCCAAGCCUUAUAACCAGAUGCCGCCAGGACACCCGGGUGUAAAGGGUCCAGUAUUUUAUGGAGUACCGCCAGGAGGUAGUCCUCAAGUGAAACGAGACAUUGUAUUUCCUAUCGACAGUGUUGAAGCGACGACUCCCGUUUUGUACAAAAGAAGACGGCUGGGAAAAUCGGACGUUGCGCCGAUCGAAGCGUGGAGGAUAAUGAUGGCGUUGAAAUCCGGCCUGCUGGCUGAGACAUGCUGGGCGCUCGACGUGCUGAACAUCCUACUGUUCGACGACACGACGAUACCAUAUUUCGGUCUAGUCCACCUCCCCGGGCUCAUGGACAUUUUACUCGAACAUAUGAAGAAAGCGCUGACGGAUAUGCUCGAGCCGAUGAGUGUACCUCCGUUCAACGAAGAAGUUAAAGAUGUGACUCUUAGUGAUAUAGGUGCGGUCGAAAGUUUACCCGAUCCGAACGAUAGAGUCUGUCUCCUCAAGUCGGCCGACUACACAUUCAGGUCACGUAAAAACCAUCCUGUGACGAUAUGCCCCGAUUCGGAUGACAUAUUCGUCACAGCGACUAAGAGGUCGUGGGACGUGGAAGAUGUGGUUGACGAUGCGGUAGAACAAGACUCUGGUAAAUAUAUAGUUAGUUGUUUUAGAGCGGAAUUUGGUAAAAUACCUUUUGUAAGAAUAAUACCCAAUCGUAAAAAAGAAAACGCUACAGGAGCAGAAGAGGCUCAAGUCAUAGAGGAACCGAAAAAGGAAAAGACUUCUGUUGAAAAAGUUAACGAACCUCUCAAAGAAAAGAAAGAAGAGAAAAAACUCAACGAGAGGGUAACUAGGAAAAAAAUUAAGACUUUAAGUGAUGUGUUAUCUAGGAUUAAAAAAGAACCGAUAGAACCAGCUAAAGAAGAUAAACCCAUCGAAGUCGCACCUGAAGCGACACCUAUCAAGGAAGAACCUCCUACAAUAAAAGAGGAGCCGAAAGAACCUGAAGAAAAACAGUCUGAAGAAGAAAAGUCUGCAGAAAAGGAUAAAACUGAAGAAGAACCAAAAAUAAAAUGUAAUAUCCGGGAUCCGGCCGGGACUCUGAAAAGAAGGCGGAUAUCGGACUAUGAAGACGAGUGUUACACGAGAGACGAAGCAAGCUUGUAUCUCGUGACAGAGAGCCAAGACUCCAUAGCGAGGAGGUGUGUCUGCCUCUCGACAAUCCUUCGCAACCUGACCUUCGUACCAGGCAACGAGUACGAGUUCGCCAAAAGCGGCACCUUCCUCGGCCUAGUCGGCAAGCUUCUCCUGCUCCACCACGAGCACCCGCCGAAGAUGCCGAAACACAAGAAGUACAACAGGGACGAAGACGACGAGCUAGAAGACUGCUGUUCGAGUUUACAAGGCGACAGUGAGUGGUGGUGGGAAUUCCUCCAUCACCUCAGAGAGAAUGCCUUAGUCAGUAUAGCCAACAUUGCCGGCUACGUCGACCUUGGGCUUUACCCAGAGGACAUUUCAAGACCGAUACUCGACGGGCUUCUCCAUUGGGCGGUCUGUCCAGCUGCCCAGGGGCAAGACCCUUUCCCGACUGUCUCUCCUACGAGUUCCCUUUCACCUCAGAGACUAGCACUUGAAGCUUUGUGUAAACUUUGUGUUACGGACUCUAAUGUAGAUCUUGUCAUCGCGACACCACCUUAUUGUAGACUCGAAAGACUGGCUGCUGUUCUCGCAAGGCUACUCUGCAGAAGUGAAGAACAGGUUUUGAGGGAAUUCGCUGUUAAUCUUUUAUUUUACCUCGGUGCCGCCGACAGUGGGAUGGCGCGAACCAUCGCCAUGCAGAGUCCGUGCGUGUCUCAACUAGUCGGUUUCAUCGAGCAAGCCGAAGCGAGCGCACUGAGCGUCGCGAACCAACACGGACUCGGGGCCCUGCGCGAGAACCCCGACUCGAUGGGCACGAGCCUUGACAUGCUGCGCCGUGCCGCCAAGACUCUGCUCCACCUCGCGGCCCACCCGGACAACUGGCCGCUCUUCCUCCAACAGGAGCAGCGGCUCCUGGCACUCGUCAUGAGCCAGAUCCUCGACCAGCAAGUCGCUUCGAUCAUCUCAAUGGUCCUCUUCCAAGUAUCCAGGGUUACGUAGUCCCUCGAAAAAAUGAAAAAAAAGGAAAGAAAGAAAAAGAAAAAUCCGUGUGUUGUCUAGUUGUACAAAGUGAAAAAGAAGCCCGCGCAAUCACACCUCCCCCGAAGAAAAUUUAAAAAGUGUAUAAAUACUAUUUGACUUUUAACAAGUGUGGUAAGAGUGUGAUAUUAUUAAAAACAAAAUAUUUGGGAGAGAGAAGAUUGGAAAAAAAUUUAAAAUGAAAAAAAAAGUGAAAUUAUACGAUUAUACGAAGAUACUUAAAUAGGUAUGA